AUGCUUCGCCGAACGAUCUCGAAACUGUACCGCUACCAAGAGUUUGAGAUGCACAAUGAGGCAAAAUAUCCGUUCAACUACCCACGCGAGGCUCCGAACACGUCUGUUUUUCAUCAGUAUCAUCUGAACUUUUGGAUGUUUUGGGGCUAUGGGCGUCAGGAACUUUGGAUUGACCGUGACAACCGUCGCUACGAAACGACCUGGGAGAUGUUUCGACGUCUAUUAAUGUGGUUUUUUCCGUGCUACUUUAUUUUCCCGUUUGGUCUACCCAAAUUUUUCGCAGCCAACGCAUUUGGCGAAUACGGAGAAAAACCAUAUCUGGACGCGAUGAUGCACUCGCCAAUGGAUAAUUACUAUAUUGAGUGGGGCGGUAGCACACUUGAUGCGGAGUGGCUGCGCCAUAUUCACUCCAAGGAGUCCUUUUAA